AUGGAGCCAACAUUGGAUAAUUUACAACGAAUAGCACACAGUUUAGCUAAACGUGCAUUAAAAAAUGGUCAUGAUCCAAAUUUCUAUUCACCAUUUGCUCGAAGUGCUAAAAGAUCAUUGGGAAUUAAUAUUUGUGGUGGAAAACCCGAUGAUGUAACUGUGUUGCUUGCUGUUUUAUUUAUAAAUAUGUUAGAUAUAACAAAAAAAUUUAUUGAACAAUGCUCAUCAACACUUGGACAAUUUGACAGUGAAUGUGUUAAUUUACUUGUAAGAUUUUUUCAUUAUCAAGAUGCUUGUACACAGUUACUUGUUUUAUCAAAGAAUUUAAAAGAAAAAUUUUAA